AUGCUGCUGCUUCUUGCUGGUAUUGCACUUGUGAAUGCAAAGAAUUCGUGUGUUCCUGGCUCUGCAGAGUGUGUAGGAAAUACUCUUCGUGUCUGUGGAAUGAACAAGCAAUGGGCUGUUAUUGACUGCCCAGCUGAUUCUAAAUGCAAGGUGGUUGGCGAAAACGUAACAUGUGCAAGUAAGAGUAAAAAUACAGACGAUUUCCAUCAGAAGCAUGACCUUAAUUCGCAUCCCAGCGAUGCAGAGCCGGAUUCUGAGGUUGCCAAUCAGGAUUAUAAGCAUGAUGAUAGGAAUUCAGAACAUGAGAAGAAUAGAAGCAAUGCCAAUGAUCUUGACAAUGAUGACAGCCAAGCUAACACUAAAGAAAAUGGCCACGAUGAUCAAUCACACGAAAAUACCAAGGAUGAGGAAGAUGCAAAUAACAGAGAUAACGACAUACCAAGGCCAGCCAGGAAUAAGCGGCUGGGAACAAAGCACAACGUUUCUCCAAGAUUACGAAGCAACACAAGGACAAUCACACGAACAAUAUACAACGGAGGAGAGCCUUCGACAGUAACUAUCACAAAAAUGAUUGUUCAGAAGCAGGCGCCAUCUGAAAUCAAGCUGGAGUAUGUUUCAAAUCAAGUUGAGCCAAGCGUUAGGCUUAUUGAUCAAUCUACUACUCCUCCUAGUCAGCCAUCUUUGCCUAGCAGCAACAAUCAAAACAAAGGCAAUGCAGCUGAGCCAUCAACAGCAAAUCUUAGUGCUCCUAAUAGCACAGGAUCGAUGAGCCAGCAACCAUCGGCACCCGUACCUAGCACACCCAGCCAACAACCCUCUGUUGACAUUCCAUCUCAGCCUGCAUCGCCUAAUCCUGUGCUAACUCAACCUACAUCGAAUUCCAAUACAUCUCAGCCUGCACCUAGCACACCAAAUCCACCAUCUCAGUCAACACCUAGUACAUCAGAUUCCAAAUCAUCUAUGCCUGAUGCAUCCUCAUCUAAUGGUACAUCCACUAGCAAGCCCAGUACACCGUCAUCUGGAGGAAAUGUAAAUAUAACCUCAGAAAAGUUGAUAGAGGAACUGAAAAAGCUAAGCUUUGCUCCAAACCCAGAAUUCGUUGAUGCCGUUGUCAGUAGAGUAAACUCGAAAUUCACAGAACUGAACAAUGCAGUCAUGUUUUUGUCACAGUGUGCACACGAGUCAGGAGGAUAUCAGUACAUAGAGGAAAUAGCAUGUGCUGGUGGUACGAGCUGUGCUGGCCAGUAUGGAACAGGCGCAUCAGGAAAGUCCUAUCACGGGCGCGGGUUCAUACAAUUAUCAUGGCCAGAUAACUACAAGGCAGCAAGCCAGGCUCUUGGGCUGGGCGACGAGCUAUACGAAAAUCCCGAUAAGGUUGCACAGGAUCCAAAUCUUGGUGCCGAUGUCUCCAUAUACUUCUGGAAGGAAAAUGUGGAAAAUGCACCAGGCGUAAAGGAAAACCACUAUGGUUCGUCUACAAAGGCAAUCAAUGGAGCUUUAGAGUGUACAGGCUCGAAUAUUGACAAGAGCAAGCGAAGAUUUGAGAUAUAUACUGCUCUUGUUAAGGCAUUUAGUGUUAGCAAUCCUGCAGAUGAAAGCGGAUGCUACAACUGA